AUGACAAUGAGAAUCGUAGUGAUAAGGGUAUCAACACUAACUGAACACGCGCCCCGUCCUCCCAAGUCCGGCCGAAUACAUCCUCAAGAACUUCCUCCUUGUUCCAGCUUCUCCAACCUCCCCAUCACCCCUCUCAACCUCUCCUCCAACCCUCUGAUAUUGCCUUCUCCCCUCUCUCUGUUCUCCCUCACCCCACUCUCCAAGCCUUCCAUCGCCAUCUCGAGCUCUUCCAGUCCAGCCUCCAUCGCUUUCUCCCUCUCUUCAGCUUCUCGCAGCCGGCCGGAGAAAGUAGCGGCCGAAGCGUGGAGUGCGCUCAAACUACGGAGUCGGAGUAGCAGAGGAGGGAGCGUAGGCAGGAGGGGGUCAAGGCGGGAAAGGAAUUGCAGCAGCUGGUGUGUCUGCUGUUGGCUAGGUUUCUCUUCCGUUGGUCCUGUUGGCUGCCGACUUCUGCCCGUGGCGGCGGCUCCUGGUGCACCUCCGGUCCAGCCAGCGGGUUGGGCAGCAGUAGAAUGCACGUGCUGGUCGUACCUUUCUAGAUCGGAAAGGAGGGUUUUGAGUCGCCGAGAGAGGCCGUCCAGAUGCCGCGGCUGGGUGAGAAGGGAGAGCUGGGUCGAGAGACGCGUGAUAUUGGGGAGGAGGGGUGUCGGAUGGGGAUCACUGGAGGACACGCUAUUAGAUCCCAACAGAGAUUCGAGUUGUGCCAAUCGACGAUCGAGCGCAACGAGAUCGACACUGCCCUUCUCGCUGCUCGUGCUUGCUCGCCUUUCGUCCUCGUUUUCGGCAGCGGGAUGCGCAUCACCGUUCGUUUUCGGCCCUUCUUGCUCAUCCUUAUCCAGCACAUCUUCGUCUACUUCUACGAGGUCCCCCCCGUUCUCAAGCUUGCCGAGACGCUCACGUAGCUCCAAGAGGGAAUACAUCAUCCCCCCUUCAGAGUCUUCAUGCGCGCCGUCCUCUGGGCGCGCUUUGCCGUUAGCAGGCGCGCGGUGAGAUACCUGGUCUUCGAGCUCCGCGAGUUCCUGCUGCAGUCGAGCAAAUCGUUGCAAUGGAGUCUCGUCCAGUUCGAAUGUCGAAACGAUGUCCACUUUCUUCACCCCUUUUCUCUCCUUCUUCCUCCACUCCCGCUUUCCUUCCUCUACCCCUACUCCCGUUCCCCAAUCAAUCUCCUCGAGCUCCUCGACAGGCACCUUCCUCCCCUCUGCGCCUCCUAACCGCCCACCAGCUCUCCUUGCCUCGCGCUCCGCUUCUUUCUCCUUCUCUCGCUGAAGCCGUAAGGCACGUAUAUGCGCUUCAUCAAGGUCCUCUUCGUUCUUAAGAAUGGGUGAAUCGGGUGGUGAGAGGGUUUCGUAUACGUCCUGGGACGCGUC